CUUCAAUUUCUCAUCGGCUGUAUCCAUGGCCGCAUCCCAGAGAGUCCUCGGGCACCCCGACGUGAUGCCGCUCAUUGCCGAGUUCCAGAAGGGACUGUACUUGGAUAUCCUUGAGUACUGGCGCAAAGUGACCCACGACGGCGGUACAGAGUUCUGGGCGACGUUGGACCUGCCGCCGCACGCCAUCGACCGCCGGCUACUUGGUUCUCCCACACAAAAUCGACACCAGUUGCUCGUGCUCGUUGCAGCAAACCAACUCCACCUCGUUCGCAGACUCCUUCGAUGCCGACCAUACUUCCUUACACAACCAGAUUCCCCUGCAGUGAUGGACAUUGCAGCGGCGUUCGGUCGAGUAGAACUCGUCCGAUAUUUCCACACCAUCUCAUCCCAAACUGCGCUGUGCUCAACGAGAGCCAUGGAUCUUGCGGCGAAAUACGGCUACAUGGACAUUGUGCACUUCUUGCACCAUCAUCGGCAAGAAGGAUGCACGGCAGCAGCGAUGGUCGGUGCCGCCGCGCAUGGACAUCUCAAGAUCGUCCGGUUUCUCCACGAGCAUCGUACGGAAGGCUGCACGGCAGACGCAAUGGACUACGCAUCGACCAACGGCCACCUCGACGUCGUAGCUUUCCUGGUCGCGUCACGGCAUGAAGGAUGCAGCACGUGGGCCAUGGACACAGCAGCUGGAGCGGGUCGGAUGGACGUUGUGCGAUUCCUGCAUUUCCACGUCAAAAGCGCAUGCACCAUCGACGCCAUGAAUGCAUCAGCAGCGAAUGGACAUUUGGAAGUCGUACGGUUUCUGCAUUUCCACCGUCAAGAAGGCUGCACCCGGCGAGCCAUGGACAUGGCAGCCAAGAACGGACAUUACAACGUGGUGAAAUUUCUACAUGAGCACCGGCGCGAAGGGUGCACUGAAUAUGCACUGCAUGGCGCGGCGCAGAACGGACAUGUAACAAUCGUGCAAUUUCUUGUCCGCUAUCGAAACGAAGGCAACCUGGUUAAAGCGAUCGAAGUUGCCAAAGUACAUGGACACGUCCAUUGCGCUGCAGUCCUUCAAACAGUCGCUCGCUCCCUAACGCCUUUGGCGUGUUGAACGUAGGCUGGUAGAGAGUGUUGCUUGGCGUACCAGUAUUGAUAAUGAAGUAUAUGCCGUGCCAAAC